GUGAAUAUUCAGUAAGAAUAGCACAUGCAUAUGUAGGACACAUUCAACAACAGUGGACAACAUAUAUUCAUCAUGACUUUUCAUCAAUAAUUAAAAUAAAAAAUAUUGUGUCCAGAUACAAGACAACCGACAAUCCAAAGAAACAUACUGUAUGGAUACGUUUUGGACAGAAUAAACUUGAUGAUAUUUCUUCAUACUGUACUUGCAAAAGUGGUUUGCGUAUUGCAGGUGGUACUUGUUCCCACGUAACCGCAGCUUUAAUUGCCUUAAAAUAUUGGAAAAAUAAUGAAAAACUACCAUCCUUUUAUACAAUAGCGGAGGCAUUAUUUAUCAAUGUUUUGGAUUGCACCGCAUAUAAACAGAGAAAUAAAAACAAACAAAUGUCAACAGAAGAUGAUGAAACAUUUAGUGACACCGAAAACCAAACAUCAAUAAGUGAUGUAUCAACAAAUGAAGAAUUAACAGAUGAAGAAUCAACUGAUGAACAAUCAACAGGAAACAAUAUUAAUAAAGAAGAUGCUAAUAAAAACUAA